AUGUCAAGCGCUCGCUCAAGCGCUGGAAGACGUUCAGCCAUGGGGAGCUCAAGCGGAAGCCGGCAGAUGAAGGAUCAUGAAGCAGCACUCGUCAGGGCUGAAAUACAGAAGACCUAUGAUUAUUUCAAGUGUUUCCACAUGGGGCUCGCUGCUCAAUGGUGGAUGCUCCCCCUAGAAGCGCACCAAGAGCGCUACAGCCAAUAUAAUGUUCCCAUGGUAACAACCCCACAAAUCGAGACGCCAUUUCCGACUGACCGGCACCCUUAUCACCUGCUUCCUGGCCGCGACGUGGAUCCUAGCAUCGCUGCCCGGCUGAAUUCGGAGCUCCGUGACGGGAAGCAUGAAUUGGCGACAGCAUUGGUGCCCUUGGGUCUGCGGUUCGUCAAGAUCCUCGGCGCGGGGUCGCAAGGAACAGCGGUUCUAUUUGAGGUUGACGAUAAUGGGACAACGCGGAAGGUUGUCGCGAAAUACAGCAGCGUUGGUCCACAACAGGUGGAUGAUGAUGAUGAUGAUCAAGAUGAUGAUGAUCAUGAUCAUGAUGAUGAUGAUGAUCAUGAUAAUGAUGAUGAUGAUGAUGACAGCAUGGCCAUGGAGAAAGAAUGGAUGAGGCGAUUGGUCGGUGCAAGGCAUAUUAUACAACGGCAUUUCAUCCGCGGCCUCGAUGUUAUCGACGAUGAUCUUGACUACACAAACCCUGAUAAUAUGUAUCUGAUGGAGUUCAUCGAAGAAUUGGUUCCAACGGAGAACAAUGGACGUGUCGAACUUCCCGAUGAUGCUAUUAUCAACAUGGAUAUAAAUUGUGGCAAUAUCAUGAUUGGCGAUUAUGAUGUAGACCCCGGAAUUCAUCCACACGAUCAGGUGCCUGUCUUCAAGAUGGGAGAUCUAGGAAUCGCAUACCAAUUUCCUCCUGGCGAGCAUCACUUUGCCCGUUUGGAACAAUUUACUGAGACGUGGAACGCUUUUACGGACGUAGACACUAUGUUCGCUCAAGAUGACACAGCUGGCAGACCGCCAAUUGGCACCACACAAACAAUCACUGGACUAGAGCAAAACGAUUUCAAUGUCUUCACUUACGGAGGCCAUGUUCUAGACGAUCAGUACAGUCACUAUGACCAGUCGCUACGCAUGACAAUUGCGUGGGUAACGGCGCGUGUCCCUGCCCAACGGCCGUCGAUGUUGCAAUUACAAGAAAUAUUCAUGAGAGCCGUUCUAAGGGACUACGGAGAGGAGGGCAGGACCUCGAUAUCGGACAUCCUCGAAAGUCCACCACCACCGCCAGAUGAUCCCCUGAGCGGCAUUGGCAACACAGCAACAACAGACAACCUUGGCCUGAGAGGUGCGCGAGCCUCUUUUGCGACUGCAGGAAGAGGCCCCAACAGAACGCAGACCCGGAGACAGGGAGGCAGCCGCAUCGCCAGGAGUAACAGACGGCAUCGGCAGACCGGCUUUGUUGGCUUGCCUAGCGAUGUGAUCCUCAUUUUUCUGUUUUGUCGUCUCUAUUCCUCGCCGGCGUCCAAGUGUAAAAUUGCCCCAAUCAUGGCCGACCCGAAAAUUCGUCCCCUGGCGUGGUUCCGCAGAAGUUUCACCAGCAGGGAUGGCUGUGCGACGUGGAACCCCGAUUUCAAAAUACGAUCCUCAGAUUUCUUGAACAAAUUUGAGGCCUUCAGAGUCGGAAGUAGAGAGUUCAGACCGCGAUAUCGGUACACCAUGGACUUGCAGAUCUCCACACCCAUCACCCUGCCCUCGGGUCUCGUCCUGCCCAAUAGGCUCGUAAAGGCAGCCAUGGCAGAGGCAAUGGCUGGCUCCUCUACGGAAUACCUGCCGAGCGAUGCCAUGAAACGCUCCUACAGCGUCUGGGCAGAUGCCGGCUGGGGCAUGAUCCUGACUGGCAACGUACAGGUCGACACGAAGUAUCUUGGCCAACCAGGGGACACGUCCAUCAUCGACAACGAGGUCAAGCAGCUCGAGUCAUGGAAGGCAUGGGCAAAGGCCUGCAAGGGUCCGAAGGGCUCGACUCCGGCGAUCGUGCAGCUCAACCACCCCGGGCGGCAGUCGCCACUGGGGGCCGGGACGAAAGGGCUGUUCGCGAAGAACGUGGCGCCAUCGGCCAUUCCUCUGGUGCUUGGGCCUGGCCUGUUGGGUAAGCUGGCGUCGGCCAUCGUGAUGGGCACGCCGCGCGAGAUGACGGUUGCGGACAUCGAAGAGGUGGUGGCCCAUUUCGCAAGGGCGGCCAAGCUCAGCGCCGAUGCGGGCUUUGACGGCAUCGAGCUCCACGCGGCCCACGGCUACCUACUGGCCCAAUUCUUGAGCCCGAAGUCGAACAAGAGGACGGAUGCGUACGGCGGCAGCCCGGUGAAGGCGGCCAAGAUCGUGGUUGAUAUCAUCCGUGCCGCGCGCGAGGUGACGCCCAAGGGAUUUACCAUUGGAAUCAAGUUUAACAGCGUCGACCACCAGUCUGAGUCGGCUUUGAAGGAUUGCAUCGAGCAAAUUCAGGUGAUUCGGGAGGCUGGGAUCGAUUUCUUGGAGGUCUCAGGUGGUACAUAUGAAGAUCCUGUGAUGAUCGACGGCGGUAAAGCAUUUGCAGAAAAGUCCGACCGGACCAAAGCUCGCGAAGCCUUCUUCCUGGAGUUCGCAAAAGCAAUCCGUCACAAGUUCCUUGACCUCCCACUUAUGGUCACUGGUGGCUUCAGGACAAGACAAGGCAUGGAGGCCGCGGUAGCCGAGGGUGGCUGUGACUUCGUUGGCAUCGGUCGGCCUGCCGUGCUUAACCCAAGCCUACCCAACAACAUCGUGUUCAACAAGGAGGUCAAGGAUGAGGACGCCAGGCUAUAUGUGAAGAAGGUCCAGGUGCCAUGGAUUGCGAAGGUGAUUGGGCCUGGUGUUGGUGCUGGCGCUGAAAGUGCUUGGUAUGGAGCACAAAUACCCAAGAUGGCUCAGCUGUAG